AUGAAAGCCGAUAACUCUUUCAAAGGCGGAUACUUGACUAUGCUAGAGCCUGCGUUAGCUCAACGUUUUCCGAUGGCGUGCAUUCGUGGAGAACCCCAUAUCCAAUCAAAGUUGCAGACAUGGAAGAAGACUUAUGGGUUUAUUUAUGGUAUGCUGGAAACUAGUGGCUUUGGAUUCAAUGAAGAGACUAUGAUGGUUGUUUGCGAAGAUGACGUUUGGGAUAAAUACGUCCAGAUGAUGUCCUUUGCCAUCGUGCACCCAGAAGUUAAGAAGAUGCGGCACAACUCCUACCCAUAUUAUCCUUCAUGGCAAGAGAUCUUUGGAAAGUCAAGAGCAACUGGUGCGAAUGCACAAGGAUUUGUUGAUGUUGUGCAGGACUUAUUGAACGGGGGGACCACUUCGGGUAGCAACGUAAACCAAGGCAACUCCUCAGUGCCAAAAGAUGCAAGCGUGCCUGUUGAAGUUGAAGAAUACUCUGACGAUAAUCUAACCUCACAUACGGGGAGCUCUACGAAGGCCAAGACAACUGGGUACAAGAAACGAAAGGUUUCUGAACUUUCUUCUGUAAUUCAACCUUUAGUGAAUAUGAUGAGCACAUAUAUUUCAGACUCAAAAGAGGCUCUUGGGGAUCUUAGCAAACAAAUUGGGGUGGAGCACGAUGUUUCUAUGGCAAGGAAGAAUGUAUUUGAGUCACUUGCAGCCAUUCCUGGACUCUCAAUCGACCAUCAGAUAGUGGCGGCUAACAAACUUGUAAAUUCCACAUAUAGUAUGGAUUUAUUCUUUAGCAUGCCUGAUGAGGCCAAGCAUAAAUUCGCCAUGAUGUUGCUUGACGAUCAGGUUUAG